UCGCAAUGCGAUUUCCUACCUUCCUGAAGUCGCUCCUGCUCGGUGUUCCGGUUGGAGUUACGCUCCUGGACUGUGUCGGAUAUGUGGCGCGAGUCGAGGGGGUCUCGAUGCAACCGGCCCUGAAUCCGGAUGCCAGUGUGACCGACUAUGUGUUCCUUUCGCGGUGGGCCGUACGAAACAUGGAGGUGCAGCGGGGUGAUAUCAUUUCCCUAAUUUCUCCGAAGGAUCCCAACCAGAAGAUCAUCAAGCGCGUUGUCGCACUACAGGGAGAUGUGAUUGCUACGUUAGGAUAUAAGAUCCCAUACGUUAAAGUGCCCGAGGGGCACUGCUGGGUUGAAGGGGAUCAUACAGGCAACUCAUUAGAUAGUAAUACGUUUGGGCCCGUUUCACUGGGGCUCGUAACGGCUAGAGCACUUCAGAUCGUUUGGCCACCAUCCCGGUGGCAGCAGCUUCCUUCAACCGUACCGAACUCCAGGAUCCCGAUAACGAUGGGCAAACGGCCGGCAACGGUUGCCAACAGUGGAUCUAAGACUGCCAAUAGUCAUGCGGCUAGCAACGGCAGUGGUAGCACCAGUAACUCCUCCAUCGCAACUCCCUAAAAGGAACACAACCGACUGAAGGUACCACGACUCCACGUUCACCUGUAGUAUAAUCCGACACUUUCCGCAAAAUCUAUUGUUUAAAAUAAUCAAAUGCUAGUUCUGCUGCUUUAAAAUGAAGUAUACAAUUAAAUUGAACAGUUUCGAAUUUCUUGAU